AGUGGAGCACCCUAUCACCCGCCACUGAGUAUUUGUGGCUCUGGGCAACACACCUGACAUAACCUUUUCCCAUGAAUACUUGCAACCCUGCUGGAAACACAUCUGCUGAAAUAUUUGGAUGAGCAAUGGCGUUUGCUGCUAGUGGUUCGCGAGCCUCAGCUUGGAUAACUACCUCUGUAUUUGUUCUGUGUUUCAUUUUUCCCCGGGCCCUUAUUCCUGCUAGUAUUGCAGCUGUGAUUGUUUUGCCUUCAUUUGUUACUCUGAGCCUUAUCGCCAUUAUCCUAUCAAGACGACUUUUCGUAUGGCUCACAACAUCCGUAUUCAACUUGCUGUUAUGGUACAAGUGUCAUAUCCAGACACGCUGGAUAGGCAUAUUGUUCACAGUUGGUCUAUUGGCGGCUCUACUGGCUGGUUUAUUAAGCAGUGAAAUUCAGCACGGAUUAUCCCAACUACAUGUGUCUACCUCUCUUGCUCUUAUUUGGGUGGUUAUGUGCUGGAUUGUCUUCCGUUCAGAUAAGCAUCAACCACCUCAGAUAAUAUGCAAUGAACCACUAGUCUGCAGCCUUGAUGCUGAAUGAAAUUGGCAGCAUUACACGGGACCUUGACAAAAUCCAGGAAAGUGACCUUUGGGAAAUCAGCAUCUUGUGACUCUGGCAAACUUAGCCAACUCUAUAUUGCUGAAGCCCAACCUUUCCUAUCCUCCAGCCCUUUAUCAGAAGAACUCGCAGGCCCCGACCUGAUUCUUGACAGUACCAACUUUGGCAUUGCAACUCUACUCAGGGAGCAUCAAAACCCUUAAGCUUCAUGGUAUUUGGCACCAGACACAGCGUACUGAAUUGUGUAUACCUCAAGUUGCACUUGGAGUAUGGCGCGCUGGAUGUGAAAACAGGCCAAAACAAACUUUCACUGUCACCUGCGUGUAUUACCUAUGGCCACCUUUUCCGUAUGAACCAUGAACAGC